GCUCAGAACAGUGUGUUGCAUUGGAUCAAACAUGACAUGCACAUCAGACCCCGCGAUCAUUCAUUCACCUGUAGUAGAUCGCUGAUGGUCCUCGGUCUCGCGCAGACGAGAGGCGGCGGCGCGCGCUGACGUCACCGGGGUUUAUUAGCGCGCGCCUGGAUCCCGAGGCACCAGUCAGUCCCUCUCCGUUCCCGCAUGGAUCCAGGACUGAUGUCUGGGAAUCCCGACAGGAGUGAAGGAUUGACCUGAGGAAGAGCACGCGAGCGGAGUGUCGAAGAAAGCCUUUCAGUCUCUGUUUUGCCUCAUGUGAAGGAAAAGGCGGAGAGAUGAACGAGAGCGGAGCGCUCAACGCGAGCGCGUCCUCCUCGUGGCUGGAAGCCGAAGCGCUGGACGGGAACCGGAGCCUGGCGCUCUCGUCGGCGACGCUGGAUUUCCACGUGAACCCGUGGGACAUCAUGCUGUGCCUGUCGGGGACGGUGAUCGCGUGCGAGAACGCCAUCGUGGUGGCCAUCAUCUUCUACUCGCCCACCUUACGCAACCCGAUGUUCGUGCUGAUCGGCAGCCUCGCCACCGCCGACCUGCUGGCCGGGAUGGGAUUAAUCCUGAACUUCGCGUUCCAGUAUCUGGUGUCGUCCGAGACCAUAAGCCUCAUCACGGUGGGCUUCCUGGUGGCGUCCUUCACGGCGUCCAUCAGCAGCCUGUUGGCCAUCACCGUCGACCGCUACCUGUCGCUCUACAACGCCCUGACGUACUUCUCCGAGAAGACGCUUCAUUACGUGCACCUGAUGCUGCUGGGGACGUGGGGGGCGUCUCUCGGACUGGGACUGAUGCCGGUUCUGGGCUGGAACUGUUUAGAGGACGAGUCCACCUGCAGUAUCGUGCGCCCGCUCAAACGCACCAACCUCACUCUGCUCGCCGCCUCGUUCUUCGUCAUCUUCGUCCUCAUGCUCAGCCUGUACUUCAAGAUCUGCAAGAUCGUGUGUCGUCACGCGCACCAGAUCGCGCUCCAGCAGCACUUCUUCACCACUUCGCAUUACGUGGCCACCAAGAAGGGCGUCUCCACGCUCGCCAUCAUCCUGGGCACGUUCGGCUUCAGCUGGCUCCCCUUCGCCAUCUACUGUCUCGUCGGGGAGCGCGAGUAUCCGCCCGUGUACACGUACGCGACGCUGCUCCCCGCGACGUACAACUCCAUGAUCAACCCCAUCAUCUACGCCUACCGCAACCCGGAGAUCCAGCGCUCGCUCUACAUGCUCUUCUGCGGGUGCUUUCACAGCAACGGCUCGUACCGCUCCAGGUCGCCCAGCGAGGUCUAGCUUUUGUCGAGCGUCAGGCUUUUACUUGCAUAGAGUGUAUAUAACUAUCUCCCAAUUUUUGAUCAAAACAUAUGAUGCAAUGCAAUACUAUGAUAAUCGAGAGAUGAACAAAGCCUGA